ACAGACAAUAUUGGCGAAUAGCCAGCAAUAAAUAACGAGUAACGAGUAACAAGUAACGUGUAACGUGUAACGAGUCACGAUUAGCGCAAGAACGUUUUAAUACCCGGCGCUGCUUAAUAAAAGAAACGUGCCAAAAACUUGAGCACACGUACUUAAUAAAUGGUCAUAUACUUGGACUCAAAGUGAACGUCGUCGAGUGGUCAGCUAGACAGAGAGAGGGAGAGAGAGAGAGAGAGAGAGAGAGAGAGAGAGAGAGAGGUAGAGAGAGAGAGAGAGAGAGAGAGGGACAGGUGCGCGAUUUGGCGCCGAUAAGAUUAAUUUAAUUAAAAGCAACAACAACAACAACGACAACAGCAAUUGUCUUAGCUUCUUCAGUUAAGCUAUCUAUUGAAAAGAAGAAAGAAGAAAAAAAAAAGAAUUAAAAAUCUGACGUGUUGUGUACCUUCAAGUGAUUUAGUCUAGUUCCUGCCGAAAAUGUAGACAGUCUGCCACAGGGCAGCAGCAGGUGAACUACAACAACAACAACAACAAGGAGAAGAACAAGAACAACGAUUAAAAGCCACACACCACAAGAGUUGAGUUGAACCAGCAAGAUGUAUGUGGCCAACACAACCGGCGGCCUCAUGCUGCAGACCAUGCUCUACUUGGCCAACCACACGAGCCGCGCGGCAGUCAACACGCUGAUCGAUCUGCCACCGGCGCCCAAAAGCGACAUCAACGAGGUGAAAUGCUUUGGCGUCUACGGCUGCUUUCCCAUCAACGGACCCUGGAACACGGUCACGCGGACGAUAAAUGUGCACCCGCAGAAGCCCUCCGAGAUUGAGCCGCACUUCACGCUGCACACGCGUCGCGCCAUGGAUCAGGCCAAGUACAUAGAUCUCAAUGAUCCGGACAGCGUUCAGGGACUGGGCAUAAAUGAGCUGGGAAAGAUCUAUCUGCUGGUCCAUGGCUAUCUGGAGUUCGGCGAAAUACCCUGGAUGCUGGAGAUGGGCCGGGCGCUGCUCAACCAUUGUCCGGAGGGCGAGUGCGCCGUGAUCCUGAUCGAUUGGGGCGGCGGCGCGAGUCCGCCGUACGUCCAGGCGGUGGCCAAUAUACGGCUGGUGGGUGCGAUAACCGCGCAUGUUAUCCACAUGCUGUACGAGGAGCUGCGUCUGCCCAAUCUGGACAAUGUGCACAUCAUUGGGCACUCGCUGGGUGCCCAUCUAUCCGGCUAUGCCGGCCACCAUUUGCAGCACGACUUUGGCCUCAAGCUGGGCCGUAUCUCUGGCCUGGAUCCGGCGGCGCCGCUCUUCACGGACACCGAUCCCAUUGUCCGCCUGGACCGCACCGAUGCCCACUUUGUGGACAUUCUGCACACGGAUGCGAAUCCGCUGAUGAAGGGCGGCCUCGGGCUCAUCCAGCGUGUGGGUCACGUAGACUUCUAUCCGAACGGCGGAUUCGAUAAUCCCGGCUGUGACAAGAAGCUGCAGGACGUGAUGAAGAGCAACCGCAAGGGCAGCCUUUUCUCCACCAUGCAAGAGUUCCUCGGCUGCAAUCACAUACGCAGCGAGCAGUACUACACGGAGAGCAUUGGCAGCAAGUGCCCCUUCAUGGGCAUCACCUGUGACUCCUUCGAUAGCUUCAAGGAUGUCAAAUGCGGCAGCUGCGAUGAGCCUGGGCGUCUGUGCAUGCGCAUGGGCUUCCACAGCCAGGAGGACUAUGAGGAGCAGCUGUCGCGUGGUCUCCUUAAGCCGCAGGAUCCGCCCCCGGUCUUCUAUCUGAUGACGGGCGAUCGGAAGCCCUUCUGCCGGCAGCACUACAAGAUCACGGUGCGCGUCUCCAGUCACGACGAGAGCACCCUGCAUGGCGGCGAGAUUGGCACGCUCUCCAUACAGCUGCACGAGGAGCACAACAAGAAGAAGACCACCGAGCGCAUGAAAUUCUCGCCCAAGGCCAUGUACUUUGAGCCGGGCUAUGAAUAUACGGCCUUGGUGCCGGGCAGGGAUCUACAGAAGCCGGGCCAUGCCAGCGUCUACUGGGAGUACCAGACGAACAUACUCAAUCCGUUGACCUGGCGCAUCCUCUCCGCUCCGCGCAUCUAUCUCGAGUACAUACUCAUCGAGUCGCUCGAGUCGAGCGAUACUUAUCUGAAGCUCUGUCCGCUGCACGAGGGUGCCAUACUCUCCGGCGCAGAGAAUGUCCUGCACACGGCCUACUGCAAGGACUAGCUGCCCAAGGCGAGGAAGGGCGUGGCCAGGGGCGCAUUCCAAGAUUUCUAGCAAUUAGCCGAAAGCUUUUCUCUGCGCAGCCAAAAAGGCGGCAACAGAAUCGGUUGCACUCAGUCGACUCAUCCGGCCGCAGGGUUGGUGGGUUGGUGGCUUGGCUGAGAACAGUUGCGGCUGUUCCCCCUUUUGCUGUUAGCCUGGGCACACACCGAAAAGCCUUUUGUAUUUUAUUAUAGUAUUCGUUUAAUUCAUAAGCUAUUCAAAUUGCAGCGGAAGAGGAAGAGCACAAUGUUAAUUUAUGUAUGUGCAUGUGUAUAUGUAAUUGUUAUUUAUGCUAAUCCAUUUUUUUUUUUUUUGGCUUUUUUUUUAAUAUAUACUUAAUUAGCGUAUUUAUGAACAGAAUUUAGUUUGAAAAUAAAAC